AUGAAGCCCAAAUCUCUUCCAUCAAGGUUGUUUGACGGAAAUUCUGAAUCAGGUGCAACUCUGAAUGCACGAGCGGCAACAUAUCAACGGCAUGUGGAUUCCCAAGAGAGUCCGUAUCCCUCUGGCCACAGUGACAGCCAGUCGGGGAGAGAGAACGACAGACUAAACGAGAGGAGCCACAGACAAGUACAUUUUGCAUUUCUGCCAGAGAGGUAUGAGCCGCUGGUGGACGAGGAGGCGCGAGUCACGGCCAAAGAAGAGAGGAAGAAAAGGAGGAAAGAAAAGUACAAAAAAGUCAAGAAGAAUGCUGGCAAGGCACUGCGCUGCACCUGGAAGUGUCUGAUGCUCGGUCUGUACAAUUUUGCCCUCGGCUACUCUACUCCAAUCACGGUGGCGGCUGCUUUUGUCCCUGACUUUCACCCGGGCAGGAACAAGGCCUGAACCCAGCCACGUGCACCUCCACUGGUGGCAAUGCAUCCAGCACUGGAGCCACACACAGUGAACCCGAGGACACUGACCAGAGAUGUUGUAUAUGUGUAGAAUGUUUUUGAAUUACAUUUUUAUAUUUGUUUGCCAUAGGCGCAACAAGGUGGUUAAUAGACCUUUUUCACAGCAGUCAUUGCUAAUCAAAGUAUUUACUCCUAUAAUAAUGAUGUUCUCAUUGUUUUGGUAAUCUAUAUUUCAUCUAUAUAUCUUAUUAUUUACAUCUGUGCUUUUCUUUCUGUGUCAUUUUGAUCUCAUCAAUUGUUGUAGCUGUAAUAAUAUUCAGUAUUACCCACUUUUUUAAAACCAGGUUUGCAGGACUAUACACAGUUAAGAUCAUAAAAUCAGAGACGGAAUUUGUCGUAAAAUUUCUCUUUACAUAGUCCCAAUGUGUAUGUCCGCAAUGUACUUCUGCAAACCUAAAUUACAUAUUGCUCACGGAUGUAUUAACCCAUGAAAAAGAUGUGCUUUUUUAAAAAUCAAUCAUCUUGCUGUUGUUUGCAUAUUUGCAGAGGGAGUAUGUGGGGAUGUGACAUCUGCAGCAGGAAAGACAUGACUGGAACAUUUGCUGUAGAUGAAGUGAAAGUUAAAGGCAAGAAACAGGGAAGUGAUCAUCAGUUAAGUAUGAAUAAAGCGAGGGUUAGGGUCACAGGCACACGGGCGGACGUUGGUCUUCCAGAUCCAGAUGAGAUUGUACAAUUUGAGUGCAAGUCAACUCCUGAGUUUUGCAACUUCAAUUGAUGGCUCUGCAACUGGUAACAUUUAUGACCUGACUGAACAUAAAAAUAACACACCUGUAAUUUCCAGAAUUUCAUUUAAUAUAAAAAGAUUCAAGCUCAUACAGAGAAAACUGAAUUGUGUGAUGGUAUUACAUAAAUUCUUAUUGCGAGUUUCUUUCAUAUGCCUUUUGUUGUCACACAAUAUUAACACACAAAAUAAAAUAGCAU